UACCGCAAAAAAGGAAGAAGAAGAAGUCAGUUAGCUGUUGCACUAGCACGAAAAAAACUAACGUCAUUUAACAACCAAAUUUGUAUGUUGACAUUACAUUUUUCAACAAGUGGUUGUGUGUAUAGUGAUUUUGCAUCUCAGUAGCAUUGACAGAACCCAGGCCACAGUCGGCGGUGUGUGUAAUUUUCUCUCCAACUGUUGGGAAGCAUGCUAAUUUGGUAACAGUCUGUUUCUAUUGAGGGCUGCUCAGGAAUCACUUUUGGCUGUCACACGGCUGGAAAAGGGGGACAGUCAUGGAAGUCGAGGUCUUCGUCUCCAGAACCCUGGAGCUCCUUCAGGAGGAGAGGGAAGCGGAAAUUGAAGAAACAAGGCUUCUUCAGGAGAAUGUCCCUCUAAAGCACCUGCAGCAUAAAGGUGUGUGUCUGCUGAAACUGCAGAUAGGCAGCCAGCGCACAGGCCUGUACGGCCGCCUGGUCGUUAUUUUCGAACCCAGAAAGAGCAUCGGCGUUUCAGUGCUGCCUAGCAACAGCUUUGGACCAGGUGACAUAGUGGGCCUGUACGACCCUGAGGGGUGCAGCCAGGGGUCCCAGUUGGGUACAGGAGUGGUGACACGAGUGACCCAGUCGUCCGUGGCCGUGGCUUUUGACGAGUCUCAGGAUGGCCUCAACCUGGACGGCGACGGCCUCUUCAACAUCAUGAAGGUGGCCAACGAUAUCACCUACAGGAGACUAACAAGUGCCCUGAAUUCUCUGAAUGGAUACGGCAGUGGGCCAGCCGCUGGCCUAAUCAAUGUGCUCUUUGGCACCUCUCAACCCACAGAGCUUUCCCUGCAAGGUGAUGUAGAGUUUUAUAACACUGGACUGGACCAGUCUCAGCGGGAGGCCGUGACCUUUGCCCUGAAGCAGAGGGAUCUGGCCGUCAUACAUGGACCCCCGGGGACAGGGAAGACCACCACGGUGGUGGAAGUGAUCCUGCAAGCCGUCAAACAAGGAAACAAGGUGCUGUGCUGUGCUCCGUCUAACGUGGUGGUGGAUAACCUGGUGGAGCGUCUAGCUCAGCGUAAGGUGAAGGUGCUGAGGCUGGGCCACCCCGCCCGUCUCCUGGAGACCAUCCAACAAUACUCUCUGGACGCCAUCCUCUCCCGCAGCGACACCACCGACAUCAUCGCAGACAUCCGCAAAGACAUGGACAAGGCUUUGAGUGAGCUGAAGAAGACGAGGGACAGAGGGAGCAGAGGCGGGCUGAAGAGGGAGCUGGGCGAGCUACGCAAGGAGCUGAGGAGCAGAGAGGACACCGCCACCAAACAGAUCCUCAAGGGGGCCAGUGUCAUUCUGGCCACCAACACUGGAGCGUCUUCAGGCGGGCCUCUGAAGCUGCUGCCGGCGGAUCACUUUGACGUGGUGGUAAUCGACGAGUGUGCGCAGGCGCUGGAGGCCAGCUGCUGGAUCCCCCUCCUCAACGCCCGCAAGUGCAUCCUGGCCGGAGACUACAAGCAGCUGCCGCCCACCAUCAAGUCACGCACGGCGGCCUCUAAGGGUCUGUCGGUGAGCCUGAUGGAGAGGGUGAUCGAGAAGUACGGUGCGGUCGUGGUGCGGAUGCUGACGGUGCAGUACCGUAUGAACAGCGCCAUCAUGCAGUGGGCCUCAGAGAAGAUGUACCAGGGCAAGCUGACCGCGCACGCCUCCGUGGAGAAGCACCUGUUGAAGGAUCUUCCUGGAGUGGCCAGUGUUGAGGAGACAGGCCUGCCCUUGCUGCUCAUAGACACGGCCGGCUGUGGGUUGAAUGAGAUGGAGGACACAGACGAGCUGUCCAAGGGAAACGAAGGAGAGGCAGACAUCGUAGCUCUGCAUGUCAAAGCACUGACGGACGCUGGCUUGAAAGCAAAGGAUAUCGCUGUAAUCGCUCCUUACAAUCUUCAGGUUGACCUUCUGAGGCAGAGGCUCUCGCAGAGGCACCCUGAGCUGGAGAUCAAGUCAGUGGACGGGUUCCAGGGCAGAGAGAAAGAGGCUGUGGUGUUGUCCCUGGUCAGAUCCAACCGAAAGGGUGACGUUGGGUUUUUGGCGGAGGACAGAAGAAUCAACGUGGCCGUGACCCGAGCUCGACGCCAGCUCACGGUGGUGUGCGAUUCUCUGACGGUCCGAAACCACGACUUCCUCAAGUCCCUGGUGGACUACAUGAACGAGCACGGUGAGAUCCGGACGGCCUUCGAGUACCUGGAGGACGUGGUGCCGCAGAACUACACCCGGGACCCCAAAGAGGGGUCCAGACAGCCCCCAUCAGCCCAGCAGAGGAGCAAAGGAGAGUCAGGGAAGGGGAAGGAAGCGAAGCGGGAGUCGGGGAAGAGGCCUGAAACUGGGGGGAAAUCUAAAGGAAGGGACCCCCAGGGUAAGACCCCAGAGUCUGGACCCUUUAGGGGUUCUGCCCUGCCCAGAGGAGAGGACCAGAACCAAGAUCAGGCCCAGACGCAGAAGAAGCAGGACCAGAUCAGGCAGCAGAUCCAGACGUUCCUGCAGGACCCGGGCCAGACGGAGCUGCGUUUCGCUCCGUCCCUGAACUCUCACGAUCGUCUGCUGGUCCACCAGAUAUCCGAGGAGCUGGGCCUCAAGCACGAGAGCCAGGGCGAGGGACAGAACCGCCACAUCACCGUCUCCAGAUCGUCCUCGGGACCACAGGAACCCUCCACAGGGGGAGAACAGAAAGCAGAACCACAGCCGAGCCGCGCGGAGACAGAGGCAGAGACUACACCCGGCCACCAGGGGGCAGCACCUGCGGGUGUGGACCUGAAGAGUCUGCACCUGGAGCGCAUGAGAAGAGAGCAGCAGAAGAGGGAGGAGAGGGCCAGACUGAGCCAACAGCAGCAGAGGGGGGGAGCUGCAGUCUGCGCUGCAGGAGGGAAGAGCCAGCCAGGCAAGAAGGGGAAGGGAGCAGCCAAAGGGAAGAGUCGCACUAAAGCGGGGCCCGCGGACAUUGCUGCGGCCGCUACUGCAGACAGUGACUUUGACACGCUGAUCGACGCCGUCGUCAAGGCUGAGCGUGUGUGUGGCUUCGUGAAGUGCAAAGCCAGCGUGAUCAUGCUUGGACAGCUGUGCAUGCACUGCAACCGCCAGUUCUGCCUCAGUCACCACAUCCCUGAGGUCCAUGGCUGUGGGGACCGAGCCAAGAGCCACGCCCGCAUGAGGAUCAGCAGAGAGGGGGUGCUGUACGCCGGCAGUGGCCAGAAAGACAAGUCCAUGGACCCCAAUAAGAAAGCGUAUCUGCAUAGGAAGCUAGACACAAAGCUCCAAGACAUGGCGACUCAGAGGAAAACUAAAGCCAAAGAGAAAGAUCCUCAACCAUGAGGAGCUUCUAUGACGGGGAGUCGCCUGUGUGUGCAUGGCUGCUGUGUAAAAAGACACAAGUAAAUAAAUACAUUAUUUUUAGUGAC